UAGUAGGAGGGCUUUUUCCUUCUCUCUCCCUCUCCUUUGAACGGGGCCAUCUCACUCCAGCAUUCAUCCCGCUUCCACCAAUAAGCCCAAUGAGCUGAGUGCGCACCGCCCACUGUCGGUGUGUGUAUUUUUUCUCCUCCUUUCCCUGCUUUUUUUUUUUAUCUACACCAGAGCUGGAUGUGUACUUCGUCACAUGUUGUUUCCCCUCCUCAGUCCGGACACUAGCAGACAUGUGUUAUUUAUUGCUCAGCUGUGGGAGAAGACGAACGCACGCACAGCCGGCUCUUGAAAUAGAGGAUUAAAAUAACGCGCGUCGUUUCUUUAGCAACUCGAGGGAAAGGAAAAGCAUUGUGUCUGAUAGCGAAGGACACGAGAAUGGCGAGUCCGCCAAACACUGGAGAUCAGCCGAUAUUGCCCAGCAAUACGACAGCGAGCAACAAUGUCAAGAAAUGCGGAUAUCUGAAGAAGCAGAAGCACGGACACAAGCGCUUUUUCGUUUUAAAAGAGCCGAGCGAAGGUUUCCCUGCCCGGCUGGAGUACUACGAGAGCGAGAAGAAAUGGAAAAACAAAUCGGCCGCGAAGAGAGUUAUUCCUCUGGACUGCUGUCUCAAUAUCAACAAGAGAGCGGACGCAAAACACAAAUAUCUUAUUGCUCUUUAUACCAAGGACGAGUAUUUCGCCGUAGCGGCAGAAAACGAGCAGGAGCAGGAGAGCUGGUACCGGGUGCUGACGGAUUUAAUGGCAGAGGGGAAAGUGUACGACGGCUCAGCGUCCAACUCUGCGUCCUCGCUGGUUGGCUUCGACGAAGCGAGCUACGGUGUAAUAACGCCGGUCACUGCCGCCUACAAGGAGGUAUGGCAAGUCAAUCUGAAAUCCAAAGGUUUGGGACAAAGCAGAAAUUUGACCGGGGUAUACAGACUGUGCCUCUCCAGCCGGACUAUCAGCUUUGUGAAGCUGAACUCGGAGGUUGCCUCGGUCAUUUUGCAGCUGAUGAAUAUCCGGAGGUGCGGCCAUUCUGACAGCUUUUUCUUCAUUGAGGUCGGUCGAUCUGCAGCCACGGGACCGGGGGAGUUCUGGAUGCAGGCUGAUGACUCGGUGGUGGCGCAAAAUAUCCACGAAACUAUCCUCGAGGCAAUGAAAGCCAUGAAGGAGCUGUCGGAAUUCCGACCGCGCAGCAAAAGCCAGUCAUCUGGUACAAACCCCAUCUCUGUGCCGACACGGAGGCACCUGAACAAUCUCCCCCCCAGUCAGACCGGGCUUCCCCGGCGGUCACGCACCGACAGCAUGGCUAUGACCUCUCCUGUGAGCAAAUUUUCCUCCUGUCGAAUACGCACAGCCAGCGAGGGCGAUGGCACCAUGGCACGCCCCAUGUCAGUGAGCGGCAGCCCCCUCAGCCCAGGCGUCCACAGGACCCUGCUGAGCAGAUCUCACACCAUUUCAAUGCGCCCUUGUCGGACAUUUGAAUCCUCCUCCCUUCAGCACAGUAAGUCCAUGUCUAUGCCUCUGUCUCCCUCCCCACCCAUAGCCACCCCGAGCCUGGGAAAUCUGUCAUCCUGCCCAGACAGCAGUGCUCCUCGCCCCUCCAGCUGCAGUGCCUCUUUCUCAGGCUCCCCCAGUGAUGCUGGUUUCAUAUCAUGUGAGGAGUAUGGCUCCAGCCCUGCGGACGCACGAGACCUGAGGCUACCUCUCACUCUCCGUAGCAACACUCCUGAGUCUCUCAAAGCUGACACUCCCCCCUCCCGGGAUGGCAGCGAGCUUGAUGGCUACAUGGUGAUGGAACGGCAGAAUGGUUACCGCAGGUUACCAGAGCUGGACAAGGCUUAUCGAAAGCGCACAUAUUCCCUCACCACUCCCCGCCAGCAGAGGGGUCCCCCCCAGGUAUCCUCAGCCUCCCUGGAUGAAUAUACUCUUAUGAGGGCCACGUACACCAGUGGAAGCCAGCCUUCUCGCAGGUGCCACACUGCCUCCCCUAAAGGGAUCUAUCCUGAGGAUUACAGGGAUGUUCAGAUCGGCGUUAGCAGUCUCCAAGGUGACAGUGGCUAUAUGCCCAUGAUGCCAGGUGUUGCACCACAGACACCAGGGUCCAAGCAUGACCUUUACAUGCCCAUGAGCCCCAUGUGUGUUUCUGCUCCAAAACAGAUCAUCAACCCCCGUACGCACACUUCAGCUGGGCUGGCCCAACACACAGAAUCCCCUGGGAGUGUUUCUCUGGAGGACAAUGGCUAUAUGCGGAUGUGGUGUGGAACCAAGAUGUCAGUGGAGAGCACUGAUGGAAAGCACACCAAUGGAGAGUACCUGAAUAUGUCCCCCGUUGACCCUCUGGUGUCUCUCACACCCCCAGACUACAUCCUCAGUUCUCCGGGGGGAGAUCCACAUCCCCAGCAACAUCACAGACAGCCUUAUUCUUACAGCUCGCUACCACGCUCACUUAAAGGCCAGUUGCAGCGCAAUGGGUCCACAGACAAAGACCAGUAUGUGGUGAUGAGCUUACAGAAACAGCGGAUAGAAGAGGAAUCCAACAAUUGUCCUGUCUCUCCAGGAGACUCUGUGGCGAGCAGCUCUCCGGGGACACCAAGCACCCCUUCCUCUGUCCUAUCUCCUCUCAGAGUGGCUCGGGUUGAUGGAGGUCUGGUACACCGGAGUAGGGUGUGUCGGCCCACCCGCCUGGCUCUGGAAUCCCUCAGAACACUACCAUGUAUGAAUGAACACCCACUUCCCUCAGAGCCACGCAGCCCUGGAGAGUACAUCAACAUAGACUUUAGUAGUGCUGCUCGUGACCCGCUGUCAUCUACAGUGUCAGAGAGCUCUGAGUCUUCUGUGAGUUUAAUGUGUGCAGAGAAGGGAUCCUUGCCACUUUCAGACUAUGCUAAUGUCGACGUCAGCUCCACGGGUCACCUUGGCUCACACCAGCCUGGGGGUUCCCCCCCUGCAGGGUGCCUAAAACACAAGCCUGAAGUCUUAUCUUGUCCUAGUCUGGUGAGCGCCCAGCAGAACAUGCAGGGAGGCAAGGAGAAAGAAGAGAUAAAAAGCUUAGAGAGACAGGCAGAGGAGAGGGGGAUGGUUGAUGAAUAUCCUCUCCAACAGCAGGUGAGCCUGGUCUGUCAGCCUGCACCGGUCAAGGAUGACUACACUGAGAUGACUUUCAGUCCCCCUGCCCCUCUACCUGCUCUCUGCACCACUGAUGCUGCUCCCCUUCCCACCAGCCCCACUGCCUGCAUCCAGAGACUCAGCCUUGACAGCACCAUUGUGGACGGGGUGCCCCCUGUGCCAGUGGACUCUUUUCUCCUCGGGGGUCCUUCGUUAUCUGUCACCCUCUUGGAUCCACACAGGGGUGCCAAAGUGAUCCGAGCUGACCCUCAGGGGCGCCGGCGGCACAGUUCUGAGACCUUCUCCUCCACCACCACUGUCACACCAGUGUGCCCAUCCUUUGCUCAUGACACCAAACGGCACAGCUCUGCCUCUGUAGAGAAUGUAUCCCACACUGUUUGCAGCUCUGAGGGCUCUGACGAGGACUAUGGCAGCAACAGCCCCAUGUGCAGGGAGAUGUCAGCUGGUUAUCAAAACGGACUCAACUACAUUGCCUUAAACUUGAUGGAGGGAAACCUCGGAGGGUGCCGGUUAGGAGGUUGUGAUGGACUGCUGAGGUUCAAGAACGCCUGUGGCUGCAAAGGGGGCAUGAAUGGUUUCAACACUAGCCCCUACGCCAGCAUGGGAUUCAAGGAGACUGCUGCUGCUGUGAAAGAAUGAGGGCUGACGGGCCCUCCCUCUCCCCCCACCUUUUCCUGUGAACGUAGGGUUUCGCUGCAGCCAAGUGACGAGGUCGCCACAGCGACAGCUGGACCAUGCGCUGCAGUCGAUGUCCUUUGACCUCUUUGCCGCCUUCGAGGGUCAUGGGGAUGGCCAUCACCAUGGCAACACGGACACUUGACCCUUACCCCAAAUCUUCCCUCCGCUUUCCUCGGCACCAAAACAUUCAGGCACCAUCGCUGCUGCUGUACUAGAUUACUUAAAAGAAUAACAAGAACUUAAACGGACUAUUAACUCUAACUAUAGAUAGGUACUAUUUAUCUCUGUGCAUAGGCCUGCAAAAUUAUUCUGCAGUAUAUUGUUAUUUUACUUAUUGAUUAUUAUUGUUAUUAUUGCCAUUCACACACUUUCAGCUGGUCUUUUGGCUUCAGCCAAUAGUUGCCGGAUACUCUCACCUGAAAAACCUGUGAACCAAACCUGGAGAGCAAAGUGUGCACACACAUACAAGCAAAAAAGAAACAAACCCUUUCAUGCAUACAGAUUACAUAUAUUUAUUUAUUUAUCAUGUAUGUAUGCAUUCAAUGAAGUGUGUGUGUGAAUUUGUACACAGAUUGUACUGCAAAAAGAGGUGGCAUUUAUGAACAUAUUUAAAAAUCAAAGUUAACAUUUGCUCAAAACAAACAAAAAAAAGAAAACCCUACCUCAGCAAAACCCAGGUUGGUACCAAUUCACACAGUACAAAUAUAUAUAAAAUAUUUAUUUUCAGAGGUGAAUGUUUUUUAAAAAUCACCAAUCCAAAGCCUUACUCGAGCCAUCAGCCCCCGUCUGAUGGACCUUUUUAAGUUUGGACCUACAAACACGCAGUAUAUCAAAGAUUUAACCGAUCAUCUUGUAGACUGAAUGUUCAUCAGAGCCGAAUGAGAGGCAGCCUCUCUGAGAUUAAGUUCCUUCUUUCUCCACCUUACAUUUAUGACAAGAUUAUGUAUAAAAGAUCCAGAGUAAUAUAUUUAUUAAUAUGCCUGAGAUGGAGGAUUCAUACACCCCAACAGAAUACUCAGAGGACUUUAGAGGAACGCCUGACAUUGCAUGCAGGCGUCACACAUACAAACACUGCAGCAUGGACCAGGUCUAACUGGACCUGAGCACCAGAUCUGUGGCCUAUCUGAGCCCAAGUCUCAGCACAUUUACACACUUUACCUACUCAGCCACUGUUCACCUGUGAUACCCUGCACAACUACACAGCCUGCAGGAUGUUAUGACCUGCCAGGAAAAGGGACAUGAAUGUUUGAAGUUAUUUAAGUAACUGGACAGCGUAGAAUCGUACGUUUUUCUCACCUGAUGCCUCAUUGCGGAGCUCUGUCACACAGCGCUGAACAAUGUGGCAAAUGCAUCGAGCCGCUCGGUAGCUUGAAUCCACUUUGAGCUGAGAGAGAGCCAGACGGGACACGCCGGAGCUAAUGCAUGGUCUUGCACUUACAAACUUUCUAGAUUGUAACACAAGACACAUUGAAUGUAGUACACGCUGUGUUCCGAGCUUGGGAACACACAAGCCAACAAACACUACAGCAACUGCAACACCAACAAUGAAACAUGCAGAGGUACUGAAUCAAAACUAUGACACAGAUACAAGCCGAAUACAAGAAACAAAGCAGGGGAAGUAUCUCUUUAUUUAUCUGAAUUCACUGGUACUUAACCGUUGCCUAUAUACUGUAAAUAGUGCGGUGUUACAGAGAAUUACAUUUACGCAAACGCUGAGAAACUUUGAGAGAUGUUAAGUUAAAUAACUUAUGUUGUUUGUACUGUACAUAGUAUGUGUUUGAGUGAACUUUCUGAUACAACAAAAGCACUAAUUAAGUUAUAUGCUAACCAGUAUGGUUUUGCUUUGACUUUUUUUUUUUUUUACUGUCAUGGGAUAGUCUUGUGAAAUGGAUGCCACUAUGAGGACAUUUUCUAAUGCUGUAAUUCUGAAAAAAAGAUUUUAAAGAAAAAUCAUUAAUACUUGACAUAAUUAAUUCUUGUUAUUUAGGUACAACACAAAUGGCAUAUAUGCAAUAUUUACACUUUUGAAAAUUAGUUUACAAAGACGUACCAAAUGUAUAAAUACUGUUAAUAAUGUUUGUUAAACCAUAAAAAUCAGAUUUUUGCUGUUUGUACAUUUUUUUCCUCCAAAUUUGAAAUGAAAAACUUUUUUUGUGUUUGUUUUUUGCUAAUCGAGCCUCUUGGUGUUUUGAGCAGUGUUUUGCAUUUGGAUAAUGUUUCAAGUUUUUAUUCAGCAUCUAAAGGUUACGAUAUGGGCUUCUCUUUGCUGUGUCUUUCAUUGUAAAUAUUUCAUAUCUUGCAUAUUGUAAUGCUAAUAAGAGAUGAUAAUUUAAACUUAGUUCAUUGCUUUAGAUUGUAUUGAUUCUUUAUAGACACAUGCAAUAAAUAAUGAUGUUAUUUAAGAAA